AUCGCAAUUCCUCUAGUUGUAUCCCUUGCAGGAGAAACAUGCCUGCCAUGCAGUGCAAGGAGAAUCGAGUCAGAUCGCGACAUUCCAGCUAGAAAUUUGAGACGUGAAAUUGAGUUGAACUUGGCCCAGGUGAGGCGAAAGCCUCAAAAGGCGGUGUUUGUAAAGCUGUGGGGUAGGAUCCUAGCACGGAUCGUAAGGAGUCAACACCUGCAGGCCACAAUGGGGCCCUUCCACCGGGCGCUGGCUGGCAUUGUCCGCCAGCUGGCUUCCAGAGGGAAUGCACUUUCAAACGGAUUGAAUGCUGGCGAUGCGCAGAUGCUGAGAGGGCUCCGGAUUGCCGCUGCUGCUCUUGAUAGACUGACUGUCUCAGGGGGUGGUGCAUUUGGCGGAGCAAGCACCUACGCAUCGAUCAGCGGUCCCACUUAUCCUUCUGAUGAUCUCCACCUUGCACGAGCGGACCAAUCGUUGAGAGGGACUUUUUGUAGCAGAAGGGGUUUUGCAACAGGGAAGGAUCCGGAACAAGAGCUAAAGAUCAGAACGACCCAGCAAAUCCUGGCAGACCUGAAUCUGCAGAGAAGCGACCUAAGAGGAACGCCAGCCAAGACAUCAGAAAGGAGUGGGGACGAUGCAUCCUCCGGUGAAAAGGAAGUUCUGGCUGGGUUUACAGAAUGGGAAGGUUCGUCCAGUAGUUCGUCUGACGACGACGACGGCAGUUCGUCGAGCGGUUCUUCGAGUUCCGACUCAGACGACGAGCUCAGUCAGGAGAACGCCGAAGCCGCCAGGCUGUGGUAUCCAAAGUUCGACGAGUGGUAUGCCAAGACCCAGGAAACGGUCUCUCCCACGCCGAAGCUAGUCAGCCGAUUCAUGUACCGGGAAGAUGGCGAGCGCAUCGAUGCAGACAGCCCCCUGAAAGUGGAGGAGUUCUGGCCGACGCAGGACAAAUUCCCAAGGGUAGACAUGCCGAACGUAAAGCUCGAAACGCACGGCGAACUGCCGGCCGGGGAGCCCUCGAUGGAAGAGAUGAUAACAAAGAUGGAUUUUGAGGGCGUGGAAGGUCUGCCGGCAUACCAGGAAAUGAUUGCAAUUGAGCUGUGGAGGAAGGCGGAGACGAAGCGGCUGGCGAGGGAGAGGGAACUGAAGAAGCAACUAGAGCAGGCGGCGUCGCGUGUGCGAACAGUCGACGAGUUUGGGAGAUCACAUGCGGUCGGCAAGCGGAAGUGCAGCAUUGCGCGCGUGUGGCUCAAGGAGGGGCAGGGCACUUUCACCAUCAACGGGCUGCCCCACGUGGACUACUUUCCGCAGAUGGAUUACCGCCUCAGCGUGCUCCAGCCGUUCUUUGAGACGUCUACCCUGGGGCAGUUUGAUAUCAUGUGCCGAGUCAACGGAGGGGGGCUGUCAGGGCAAUCGCAGGCCAUCAGGCACGGCAUCAGCAAAGCGCUGCAGCUGUUCGACCCGGAAAUGCGACCGGCGCUGCGGUCCGCGGGACUGCUGACUCGGGAUCCCAGAGUAGUGGAGCGGAAGAAACCAGGGAAGGCGAAGGCCAGAAAGAGUUUCCAGUGGGUGAAGCGGUAGUGAGGGUCGUUCCAAUGCAGUAUUUGUGGCUGCAGAGCACCAAUUAAGCAGAGCCCUAGAUUGUGCGCCAAUUGAUCGGCCCGGUAAUCAGCGCAUCUUUGCAAAAUGACACACUCAUCUCAGAGGCGACGAUUUGACUUCCGCAAUCGACUUCACUUGUUUGAUUGUUCAAGGCAGGCGCAUGAGACCAGUGAAUUUACGAACUUCACCGGCAUAAUCAACUCAGCUUGCAUGGGUUCGACAAGUUCGUGCCGUUAAAAAGCCUUGAUUUAGGAAGCCUGGAUUCAUACCUGAUUACUGGCC